GCCCGGCGGCCGCUCUGCCUGGCGGGAGCGCCGAGCGGAGGGGUCCAUGCUUCUGGCGGAGGGGAGGCCAGGCUGCGUACUUCUCCCAUAGCGGUACAGAACCGACUUGACUUGUGAUUUUAAACAGCUAGUACCCUAAUAAUUUGUAUGUUAAACAUCAGAUUUGAAAGACUUCUGAUUUGUGACCAGCUCGAAUUACAAUCAUGUUUCAUUAAAAGUGCUGAUGAGCACUCAGGAUUCUGAAGACAGCAGUUCUGUGCAAGAUAAGAAUGCUCCUUAAAGAAGCUGAUGGAGGAUAGAGGUCCAGAGUUCCUGGCAGACACUAACAGCGUAAGAUGGCACCGUAGUCUAGUCUCAAAUUGAUUUUAGUGCAUAAAAGGACAUAAAUGAUAAUCCCAGAGGACCAUCUGUCCUGGAGCAGACAUUGGAACUGAGCUAUUAUGUGACUGAAAGGCCUUGAGUGCAUGUCAGAUGGUCUUUCCAAUCCAGCUGCUAUGGAGUCAAUGGAUGAAAGUGAAGGGCGGCAAGGACAGCUGAACAGGAAGGAGCAGCCUCUGAAAACCUCCCAGAGAACGGCACUGCUUGGUUGGGCUGCUCGGUGGAAUGGAUUAAUGCCCGGAGACAGCAUGUAUCUGUUUGUCCUCUCACAGAUACUGCUUCUCUGCAUGAUGCUGUGGUGCAGCACUUAUGGGACCAUCUCAGCAGCUCAGAAUGCCUUUGACCUGCUGUCUUACUUGCUUACCCCAUUUAAACAGAUUUUGUCAGAUCAAGAGGAGGACCUGACUAGGAUUUGGAGCAUUGUGAUGUCAUACAUCCUGCUGUCUUUAGCCUCUCUAGGACUGUUAUUUCUUGGAUCUCUGUUUUGGCAUCUACUCAGAGCCCCUCCAGACCCUCCCUUUCCACUGCAAGAGGAUAGACGCCAGUCCGUGAGCCGCCAGCCCUCAUUCACCUACUCAGAGUGGACAGAGGAUAAAACUGAGGAUGACUUCCUAGAUUUGGAUCCUGUACCAGAGACUCCAGUCUUCGACUGCGUGAUGGACAUUAAAGCAGCGGAGACAGAUCCAGCGACUCUGACUGUGAAAUCUGUGGGCUUGCAAGAAAGGAGAGGUUCAAAUGUUUCCCUCACACUUGAUAUGUGUACCCCAGGCUGUUCUGAGCAAGGUUUUGGCUAUAUCAUGUCACCACGGGAACAAUCAGCCCGAGAAUACCUCCAGACAGCAUCAAACAUCCUCACUGAAGAGGAACUGCACAAGAAAGCACUGGAUCCUUUCAUACUCCAGGCUGAGUUCUUUGAAAUUCCAAUGAACUUCGUUGAUCCAAAGGAAUAUGAUAUUCCAGGCUUAGUACGUAAGAAUCGCUACAAAACAAUUCUCCCAAAUCCUCACAGCAGAGUGUGCCUUACCUCAGCUGAUCAGGACGACCCCCUCAGCUCUUACAUCAAUGCUAACUACAUCAGGGGCUAUGGAGGAGAGGAAAAGGUGUACAUUGCUACUCAGGGACCGAUAGUCAAUACCGUCAGUGAUUUCUGGAGGAUGGUGUGGCAGGAGCGUUCCCCCAUCAUUGUCAUGAUUACCAAUAUAGAAGAGAUGAAUGAGAAAUGCACAGAGUAUUGGCCAGAGGAACAGGUUACCUACGAAGGAAUAGAAAUCACAGUUAACCAAGUCAUACAAGCAGACGAUUACCGUUUAAGGCUCAUCACCCUAAAGAAAGGAGAAGAAGUCAGAAACCUGAAACACUACUGGUAUACCUCUUGGCCAGACCAGAAGACACCAGAUCAAGCACCGCCUCUGUUACAGUUAGUACUGGAAGUGGAAGAGGCCAUGCAGAGUGCAGAAGAGAAGAAUGCCCCAGUGAUUGUUCACUGCAGUGCAGGCAUCGGGAGGACUGGCUGCUUUAUUGCAACUAGUGUCUGCUGUAAACAGCUGAAGAGCGAGGGCAUAGUUGACAUACUGCGAACAGCCUGCCAGUUACGGUUAGACAGGGGAGGAAUGAUCCAGACUUGUGAACAGUAUCAAUUUGUCCAUCAUGUCAUGAGCUUGUAUGGAAAACAGCUUUCUAAAGCAGCAGAAGAAUAAGUGUUCAUGAUAUUCCUAAAGGCUAAAACCAAGAGAACUUUUGACUGCAUUCAGAUGUAUUUCAGAUCUGAUAAGAGACACAUGGUAACCUGGCUCUCUUAGCUGGAAAGAAAAAGAUACUAUUUUACUUUGAUAUUGCUUUUAUGCUCUUGUUUGCAUUGACAUUUAAGACCUAAGGUAUGCCUUGUCUUAAACAUAUGUGACAGGACAUAAUCUUCACCAAAAAAAAAGGCUUAUUUAUACUGUAAAUAAGAAUAGUAGCUUCAUUUGUUACAAAAGCAAGAAAAAAAGGAGGGAAAAAAAAAUCCACUGUCUUCAUUUUGCUAUUUUUAAAAGAUCAUUGCUAAUAUUAUCCAAAUACAGUGUGAAACUUUUUGAAUUGUCAUGCUGAAAUGUGCUGUACGUUGACUAAGCUUGAAAGUAACUUUUUUGCCUCUUUCUGAUUGUUUUUACAUCUAAAAUUACCGAAUACUGUGUAUAUCGUAAACCUUCUGAGCCUCUGCGUUGAAAGACUCCAGUAGAUUCUCAUUGAAGUGAUGUUUCACACAUCAUCUUUGCUUGUUUAUUUUUGUUUUCAUUCUAAAGCAGUCCACCACCAGUGUUGCCAGAACCGAGGGGGAAAAUAAAAGUUCAGUCAUGCGAGUCAAAUUCUUGCCUCCCAACUCUUACCAGCAAUGUACUCUGGUGUCGUGACAGCUGGAUGGAUGUGGGCUAUAAUAGAGUGGCUUAGGUUGGAAGGGACUUCAGACAUCAUCUACUCAGACCUCCCAGGUUAACCUGAACAGAAGUUUUUCACGCUUUACCUUUUCAGUGUCAGUGUUUGGACACCUCAGUCUGCAACCAGAUUUGAUAUUGGCUGAGUUACCAUUUUAUGUAGUCAGGCCACACUCUGAAUACAGUUUCCUCUGAAACAGGAGAUGUGAAAUCAGGUGAGGAAUUUUGUGAGGUGAAUUCAUCUUUCUUAAAACUGUAAUAAUAAUAUAACUUGCUCUGUGAAUUUAAACUUCUUUCAAAGCUUUGAGGGUGCACAGUGAUUAUUAAAAUCAACACAAAUUCUGUAGGUAAGCUUUAAUAAAAACUUAGUCUGGACAUGUUGGCUGCUUUUUGAUAAAUUUGCCCAAUUUUUAGACAGUCAUUAGCCCAUUGCAAUCACUAUUCCAGUUUCCUUUUUGAUAAUACAGGCUGCUGGCCCUGCUUUUCUUUUUAGACCUCAAACAGGCUGUGAAGACGAGUUUGUGCUUAAUGCUCAGAGGUAAGCACACGUUUAAGUGCUUUAUUGAGCAGAGAAAAAUGGAGGUACAUAGGACUCUCCACAUGAAAGAUAAGUGUUUUGUGAAUAGAAGCUGUAAUGGUCUACUAAAAAUAUUUUUGCUUCUCUUUAUUUGUAACAAUAACCCAAGCCCACUGCUUUUAUUGGUGCAGAAGAUUCUGAGAAUUGACUGCACUUCCUAAUCAGGAGAAGGUAAAGCAGCUCUCAGAACAAUAAGGGCUGAUCCUGCUCCCACUGAGGUUUUGCCAUUGACGUCAGUAUGUGCAGGGUAGGGCCUGAAAUGUUAUGCCUACAAAUUCAUCACUGUGGGGGAAGUUUCCCAGUAUUUCAGUACACAUCCUUUGUGUUUAUUCUGUAUCCAUGAACCUGUAAAAUUCCUGUCAGCAGGGUUUGCAUGAACAUGUGGCAAAAUGUGUUAUCUUUGAACCACUUGAUUUUAUUGCUGUAUUUAAAAUAUUUCCUUCAGUGAGAAGCUGGCAGGAAGAACUGGCAUUCUUUUUAAAAAUACUGGUGGUAGUCAUUAAAUAGAGCAAUAAACUUAAGCUUUUGAGCAUAACAUGACUGUUAGUUUUGUGUAAACCUUGCUAGCUGCAUUCUCCCCACUGCUGCCGGCUCUUUCAAAGGGGUGAUGCUAUACCAUCUAAGCACUCCUUAGAAGUAACAAAGGCACCACUGAUGUUCUGAAUAACAUUGUAAGUGGAUCUCCUUAUAAAUGUUUUCAGCUGUUCAGUGCCCUUCAGUGUCAAAACUGACUCGGUGAAUAAAAUUUCUUCUUCUGUCA